UGAAUGCCUAAUGGAAUGACUGCAUAAGUGAGGCUAAAUAAGGUAGGCUGUACAAAAUAUUGAAAUGAGGCAAUGUGUGGUUGCAGCCUACCUAGGUAGAAAUGGGCGCGGUCUGCAACUUGCAAGCUGAAAAACGACUUAAGAGGCCUCCUGAUCGAAAUAUAGACAUGAUAUAUCAGCCCAUUUUUAUGUAGCUUCAGUGCCUUCAUGUUGUGAACAACACAUUCUGCACACAUUCAUCAUGACCUUAGAUAUAGCCAGUGCAAUUAACGCCUGUAGCGUUGAUCGCUACCGGAGCGUCAUUCAGCAAUCAUAUUCACAAGAACAGGCUGAUGCUUCGGUGACGCCGCAACAAGCUCUUAAACAUGGCAUCAACCAUAAACUCGACACUCCUACUAAGAGCACUGACAAGGUCCAAGAAAGCCCCAUGGGGAAGUUGAAAGUGUCUCUGGGGGAACAAGAGAAGAUAGAAGAACAAAGGUAUCUCUACCUCUCGGACAGUAGCUCCGCAGAGACGCCGCACUCUUCCAGUGGUCGAAAGAAGAAUUGCUCCCGGAAGAAGGCUGCAUCUCGGUCAUGCAAGUUGACAGCCAAUCAAUGCCGGAGAACGGGUCAGCUUGGUUUGUGCGACAGCGAGGAAGAGUGCAAUGCAUCGGAUACGUCCGCUAGCAGUUUGGACUCUGAACCUAACACUGACGAUCCCGGCAAACGAACACACGAGCAGAAAAUGAAGAAGUGGAAAAAAUUAGCCCGAGGGAAGUUCGAGGAGAUGUUGCUUGAGUGUAUUGUCAACACAGACAAUAUUCCCCCAGAUUAUGAAAACAUCUUCCUUGACCGUGAGGUGAUUGAGAAAGUAGAGAAAGCAACGGCACUUGGUCUUAAGAGACCCAAGGCCUUCAGCCACGGCGUCCUCAAGAAUAACAAGGUGACCGGAGCGAUUCUAUACGGACCUCCGGGUACGGGAAAGACUCUUCUCGCGAGAGGAGUAGCGAAGCAAUCUGGAUUCAACAUGCUCUCGAUCUCAACGUCCGAGGUAUGGCAGAAAUGUCACGGUGACGACGAAAAGAUGAUCCAAGCCGUCUUUUCCAUGGCGCGCAAGAUGUAUCCGACCAUUGUCUUCAUAGACGAAGCAGACGGCCUAUUGGGGGAACGAAAGGCGGGCGAGAAACGCCACUUACGAGCGAUGCUCAACAAGUUCCUUAUGGAAUGGGACGGGAUUAUGAGUGGGACUGAUUCGCCAUUCAUCCUCCUGGCGACCAAUCGGCCUAACGACUUGGAUCCUGCAGUAAUGCGACGUGCCCCCGUGCGUAUCCAUUUCAAUCUACCGACCAAACAGGAGCGGCUCGGUAUCCUAGGUCUGCUUCUCAAAGAUGAGACGCUGGGCCCAGACAUCACUCAAGCAACUCUGGCAAAUCUCACGCCACAGUACACCGGAUCUGAUCUCAAGAACCUCUGCGUGACUGCUGCAACGGAGUGCAUCUCGGAGCAAGCCGAAGACAGCGACAGGAGAGUGCUCGGACGUCGCCAUUUCAUGGCCGCUAUGCGAACCAUUAAGGCUACAUCGAUUAGCAAGACGAGAGAGCAGGAUCUUCAGAAUUUCCAGAAUAACCGACAAGAGCAGGCUGACGAGUAGGAAAUUCUUUUUUUGGUAGAAGGGCUCAGGCACUGUCGGCUGUAGUGAAACAAGUAAUUCUCUUCAUAGGUAACCUUAGAUACUGUUACGUUCAAAUUGAGUCCGUAUUUAUCCCCACGCCUAUAGAGGAGUCUCAAAUGUUGUGGAGAUGAAGAUAAUUGAUUAGUGUACGAAG